CGACAUCACCUACCUCCUCCCCCUCUUUCCUUUGACUGGAAGUGCCUAUACCACCCACCGCAUUCACCUUCCCUCCCUACCACUAUACUACUCCCUUCUCUUUAAUUUCCCCCUCAAACCUCCCUGCCUAAUUCUGACGUACAUUUAUACGAAUGACCUGUGAACGAGCGGAUAGGAACUUCCUUCCUGAUUUUCUCUUUUGUUUUUUUUUUUUUUUUUGUUUCCAAUUCGAAACCAACAAUACCCCCUUUUGCGUUUUUUUUUUUCUAUUUACAUCAUCUUUGUCUCCUAGCUUCCAUGACUUCCUUGACUGGACUUGGCAAUCAAAUAAAUACCCUUUGAUACUUUUCAAUCUUUUGAUCUUUUAUCUUCCUUGUAGAGGGAGAGACAUUACCUUACUCUGGCAUGGGUUUUGUAUUUCAUUUUAGUUCAUGUAUCACGGGAUCAACACAGCAUUAAAGUCAUGGGUAGAGGGUAGAUAGGAAUAUAUCAUUAAUUGAGCAAUAACUGAG